UACAAUUACCGCAUCAAAUCCGAAACCCCAGAGCUCGAAUUUCAGUUUCCAAAUUCACACACACCACCACCACCUCUUCACUCUAAUUCAAUUCAAUCGGCACUCAAUUUUCUCAGAAAUUCCAAUGGCUGAUGGUUCCAAGGAAGAUUUUCUGCGGCUGAUCAAGCGCGUCGGAGCUUUUCUCACCGUCAAAAUUUCCAAUCUAUGGCGCCAUCUGGAUUCACGAUCGGUUGGGGCAAUAGCAGGGCUAGCAUUUGCAGUACUUUUUACAUGGAGACUAUUACGAACACCAAGAGGGCAACAAAGAAGGCAACCUAAGAGGCCGGGCCCACCAGCCAGUACUUCUAAUAGCGGGAAUAUUGCAUCAUCAGAUGAUGUCAGCAACCCGGCUGAAGAUUCCAAAACUCAGGAUGUGAUUGAUGAGUUCUUUCAGCCUGUCAAGCUGACUCUGAGUGAAAUAGUUCGGCAAAGGUUGAGCGAAGGAAGGAAGGUAACGUGUCGGUUGCUUGGUGUAAUAUUAGAGGAAAGCAGUCCAGAAGAGCUUCAGAAGCAAGUAACUGUUAGAUCAUCAGUUCUAGAGGUGCUGCUUGAGAUCACAAAGUUUUGUGAUGUUUAUCUCAUGGAACAAGUGCUUGACGACGAAAGUGAAAAAAAAGUUAUCCUAGCUUUGGAAGAAGCUGGCAUUUUUACAUCAGGUGGCUUAGUCAAAGAUAAGGUUCUAUUCUGUAGCACAGAGAACGGAAGGUCGUCUUUUGUGAGACAACUGGAACCAGAUUGGCAUAUAGAUUCGAAUCCUGAAAUUGUUCACCAGUUAUCGAGAUUCAUAAGGUACCAACUUCACAUCUCUCCUGUGAAGAAUGAACGAACCGCCUCCAAUGUUUUCACAGCCACAUCAUUGGAACAAUUCUUCGGUUGCGUGUAAUUAAUUGUGCACUAGUAAGAAAAUUAGUAAAUUGCACAUUUUUUUUCUGUGUUUUUUUGAGUAGUUUUGGUCGCUUGAGCUGCUAGUUAUCAGAUUCCGGAAUAUUCCGUCUUCCGAGCAUAUGAAGUUCUGCUGGUGCAAGAGUAUAGAAACUUCAGCUGAAUUAACAGCUUUGGUCCUUUGAAACCAAGAACUAUUAGUUCACUAGAACUCUGUCUUAGGAUUUCUUCCUAGUGUAAUAGUAUUGUACUUUUAAAUAAUUGUGCUGUAAUAAUAAUUUCCAAAGAACUUUUUCUUGUUUUGUGAAA